AUGGUCAAGGAGAUGGAGAGGCGGUCUUUUAAAGGGAAGCCGUUCAGUUCUUUUAUAACGGCGAAGGUGGGUAACGGUUUGACGGUGAACUUUUGGUCCGAUCUUUGGGUUGGAACGACAAUUUUAAAACAUCGGUGGCCUAAUCUUUACAAACUUGAACGAAACAAAAAUUGUUCGGUUGCAGAGAGGAUGCUUUGCGGUAAUAAGGGGACGCGGUUCCGGCCGACUUGGAAAAAGAGUUUGGUUACGGUUGAGGAGAUGUCAGAAUUGCAAGAUGUUCAGUUUCUUUUAUCUAAUGUUUCUUUAACAGGUUCUAAGGAUAAAUGGUUUUGGGGAGACGAGGCUAAAGAAUCCUUCUCAGUGGCGUCGGUUAAGCUAUUGCUUAGAGAAGAUAGCGAGGUCAGGCGAGAUCAUUUUAUGCGAUGGGAGUCUUGGGUGCCAAAUAAGGUGAAUAUUUUCGUUUGGAGAGCCGAGAUGGAUCGUAUCCCGACUAAAGUGGCGUUAAUUAGACGGCGAAUAAAUGUUCAAGAUGGCUCGUGUAGCCUUUGCGACAACGGAGAGGAAGACGUGAUGCAUCUCUUCACGGGGUGUGGCUUUGCUUUUGGUGUUUGGGAUUCAGUGGGCCGAUGGUGUAAUAUUUCUCCUAUAUUGGCUUUUGAUUUUAAAGAUCUGUUGGGUAUUCACGAUCAGGUUUCAGGUUGCAAAUGGGCUAAAAAAGUGAUUAGAGGAGUUGUGAUGAUUACUUGUUGGGUGUUAUGGAAAACUUGGAACGCUAAAGUUUUUCAAGGCACUUGUCCGAAGGUUGUAGAGGCGGUUGCUUUAGUCAAAUCUUGGUCUUUUUUGUGGUUAAAAAAUAGGUCAAAAUUUUCCGGGUUAGUGUGGAAGGACUGGGUGCGUAAUCCUUUGUAUAUGAUGUAA